UAAACCCUGCAUCCGUGAUGACACAAUCCCUUCGAGGAGUAUCAACUAUAAGAGCACUUGAGUCGAUGACGGGUACCGGGGCCGGAUACGUGAUGUCUGCCGUGUUUUUCGGCGUCGGCGGGUCACUUUUCCUUGCCACCAUCGUCCUGUGGGGAUAUCUAUGCCGGCGGUACGGUCGCUGUGCCGCUCAAACAAAACCCACCGUGAAUCAAUUAAACAGUGCAAGGACAAUAACAAUGGAGGUCGAGCAAUCCGGACAGUACAUAGUGACAGAGAUGUGUCCCGCGGCCUGUUACUUGAUGUCCGCCGUGUUUUUCGGCGUCGGCGGGGCGCUGUUCCUGGCCACUGUUGUCCUGUGGGGAUACCUAUACCGGCGGUACGGCCACUGUGCCGCCCGAACAACACCCACCGAAUACGGAAGAAGCGCAGAAUUAAACAUAUGCCAGGGCGCCGAACGUCAUCGCAGUGAGAUGUUCGAGCCGGUGGACACUUCCGCUCAACCACUCACGGUCUCAACAACACAAUACCUCACGCCACCUCGACCCGAUGUCACUUCAGCCGAUGACGUCAUACAUGGUCACGUGAACGCCGCCAUGGAAAAAGACGCAAGCGUACUCCAGGAGACUUUCGACGGCUCCAGGAUGCCGAAAUACAGGGCGCCAGACGUUCCGACAGUCGCCCGUGACGUGACGAUUGGGGACAGCGCGGAAAUCGCAAGUGUGAAACGUACGCCUUUAUACGUAGUCCAAACAGUCUGUGAAAUCGACAAGAACAGACCUCCAACACUACCAGUACGGAAGCCACCACAGUGAAACCGGAUACCGAGAUAGACAUAAAAGCAAGUGGAAAAUUCUACAAAAUGUGUACUCAAAUUAAAAAGGCUCAGUAAUAAAUCAAACUGACACCAUUUAACUUUACUUAACGGGAGUUUGAAGAGAAAUCAAGAGAAAGCCUGGAUGUUUUAAUGCUUUAAUGGAAAUGUUCCUUCACAAAGCAUGAUUCUCAUGUUCAACCAUACAUUUAGACACAACAUUCAAAGGCAUUGGCAUUUCUGAAGAAAAAAGACAUAAUUAUGACUAAGAAGCUUAUUCCUCCAAACUUGUGUUAACAUGUGGAAAUAUUCUCUAGGGAUCAUAUUCAGUAUAUAAAUGUUAUUCAGAAA